UUGAGGUGCAUUCUGGGAGAAAAUGAUUGACAUCGCGGCCAUUUUGGCUCUGGCCACCCCGCUCCCAUUGUGUGUGAGAUAGUAAAUACUGACACUGCUAGACAAGCCGAGCACAUAUUUCACUGCGCGAAUUAAAACACGUUCACCUGAGGUGAUAUUGACUAACAAUGGCCCGUACUAAGCAGACUGCUCGUAAGUCCACUGGAGGAAAAGCUCCUCGUAAGCAGCUGGCUACCAAAGCUGCCCGCAAGAGCGCUCCCUCGACUGGAGGAGUCAAGAAACCUCACCGCUACAGGCCUGGUACAGUGGCUUUGCGUGAGAUUCGUCGGUAUCAGAAGUCCACUGAGCUGCUGAUCCGUAAGCUGCCAUUCCAGCGUCUGGUUCGAGAGAUUGCCCAGGACUUCAAAACUGAUCUGCGUUUCCAGAGCGCCGCCAUUGGAGCACUGCAGGAAGCCAGUGAGGCAUACCUGGUCGGUCUGUUUGAAGACACUAACCUGUGUGCCAUCCAUGCCAAGCGUGUCACCAUCAUGCCCAAAGACAUCCAGCUGGCACGCCGCAUCCGCGGAGAGCGUGCUUAAACUCACCCCUUCUUUCUAUUGCCCUCUUUAUUUCUUUCUGUCUCUCCACUUGUUCUCCUCCUCCUUUUCUUGGUAGAGUUUAGAGUAUCAGUGAUGGGGGGUAACUGUGUCUCAGUCUGGUAGUGCUGUCUAAAUGACGCGUAGGGUACCUAUAUGUGCAUGUAACAGGUGCUGCUGAUCACACACACAUUCACAUUUGGAGCGUAAACGAGGUCCAGUCCUGCCCGCUUUAAGGGACACACAUUCAACACGCAUGUAAAGAGAAGAAGUCUCGCCUUGCACUAACACUUACUCCGCUGUCCAGAGAAAAAAAUAAGGGUGGUGUCUGGGGUCAGUCUGCUUAAGGGGAGCGGAAACUUCCACAGCAGGGUGCUACUAAAACUGCCUCAGUUCACCUUAUUGAAAAAACCUGUCCUCGCCAGUCCCCCAACUCACAUAUGUUUUUAAUCUUAACUCGUUUACCCUCCCCUUCCUGCCCCCACCGAUCCAUCCAGUACUUACAUGUCCUGCCUGAAUCUUUACUUGGCCCUUCAUAGUGGAGGUGAGUGUGGGGUCGGACUUCUCCUCUGUGUGAGUGUCUGUGGGUGAUGAGAUCAGCAAAGCAGAAUCGUAUUCAACUGCAAACCAGCAUCUAUUGGUUAAAAAGUUGUUACUUGUAAUAUUGAUGAUUGCUAUUAUUGUCGAUAUGGUGUCUUUUUUUUUUUUUUUUACAAUGCAUAAAUGAAAUUUUCUUUAGAAAAAAAAAAAAUUAAUCCGCUGAGAAUCAUUUUGAAUUCGUUUUAAUUGUCCUUUUUCAUAUUGUUGUGAAAGCCGAUCCUGCUCCUCCUGUUAUAACUUCAGGCAGCCACGGGGGGGCGCUCUAAACCAGCCUCUCAUUCAACGUCACUGUUCGACUAACAUCCCGCUCUCCCUUCCUUUCUUUGUCUUUCUCUCGUUUUCCACUCUUCCAAUUCCAGUUUUGUCACAUUAAAGAUCGGCAUUAGAGUCACAGAGUGUAGCAAAAAAUAUUCUUUACGUUUAGCACUCUAGUACUGAGUCUGUCACUUUUUUUGGGUAGAACUUUGCUCCUUCCCUCUAUUUGUGAUACACAAUGUAACCUCAUGUUUGUGCUUCUUUUAUUUUUCUAAAUCAGCUGAUCUUUGUAUUUUCAAAAUUUCUCAUAUUCUGGUGGUAAUAAAUAGAUGUUACACAAA